AUGAGUGAACAUUAUAAUGACCCGAUUGCCAAGCGCAUCCUCGUUUCUGUUUCAAAAAAGAGUCCUCACUGGUCUCUGGCGUGGCUGGAGGACGAGAGGCUAGUCGAUGAGCAGCUAGUCAAUGUGGCAAUUGUCCUUCUGAACUCGAGCAACAAAGCUGCACAGGUCGCGCAUACAGACACCAUGCUUGUGGCCGCAGAGAGAUGGCCUAUGCGGAUUUGGAUUGUUAUCGACAUAUUUAAUACUAAAUACGACCCCUCUAAGGCCCACCUACCCGGUCAAAAUGAUUUACCAGUGAUCGUAAUCUCUUUCAGCAAAAAGUCGAGCAUACAGAUCGCUACCGAGGGGAUAAAGAACAUGGUUAACAGGAGGAUCCAAGAAGUCCACGACCUGCAUGGGGAUGAAAGUCGGGCGCCGCUCCGAAUUGACCAUGCCAACAACAAUAUACCAACUUUCCCAAGCCCACGAACACGAAUUCCUAUGAUGCCAGAUAAUUAG